AUGAGGCCGUUUAACGGUUUGGUGACGAGUUCCAAUGCUUUAUUUUUACUCGGGAAGAGCAGAAUCAUCUCUUUGACAGCUGACUCUCAAAACGUAUCUGGUCUGGCCAGCGCGUCCCAAGAGACCUUGUUUUGCUACACCUCUGGCCGCUGGCUGUACAAUGAACAGCGCCAGCUCGACCUUCGCUAUGUCAGAUUUGAUGUUGAAGGCCUUUGCAAGACGGCGGGUGAUGUAUUAGGCGCCCCGUGCACUCAGAUAACGAAGCUACGCGGGGGGCUCUACAAUAAAGUCUUCUCCCUGAAGACGGACGCAGGCGAGGAACUGCUUGCCAGGAUCCCAAACCCAAAUGCUGGAUCCUCGCGAGUAGUCAUCGCUAGCGAAGUUGCCACUCUCGAUUUUCUUCGCAAUGGUCUUGAUAUUCCUGUACCUGAGGUGGUGGCAUGGAGCUCGCCAUCGCAGCAUCCUAACCUUGUGGGUGCUGAGUACAUACUCAUGAAGAGGAUGCCCGGUCAACAACUCAGUGAUGUUUGGGAUGGCAUGACCCAAGCCCAGCGUUUCGAAUUAGUGAGGAGCCUGGUAGCCAUCGAAGCAAAAUUAGUUGCAGCAAAGAUGUCAGGGUACGGAAGCCUCUAUUAUAGAGAAACCUACCCUGAUGGCAUAUCUCUGGAUGGCAUGCUGCCUUCUUCAUGGUCUACAGCAAAGAGCUUCGUUCUAGGCCCUUCAACUGACAGACGGUUUUGGGUGGAUGGGCGAGGGGCAUUAGAUCUGGAUCGCGGGCCAUGGGCGUCUGCAGCGGAGUACUUUUCCGCAGUUGCGAAACGUGAGAUAGAGUGCAUUCGAACCUCUGCGAUAAAUGAGCCCAGUCUCAUGGACUUUGGACGGAAGGCCACAGCACGCGAAGCUCAUAUCCACCUCCUCAACCAGUUCCUCAUCGUCUUACCCCACAUUCUACCACACCUACCUUUCUGCUGCCCUGUUCUGCUGCAUCAAGAUCUCCAUCUAGAUAACAUCUUUGUCGACAGCACCGACCCGACCAAGAUAUCAGGCAUAAUUGACUGGCAGUCAACCACCUCUGCUCCACUCUUCAUGCAAGCAAGAUUCCCCUCCGUGUUUGAUUGUGACGAUCCGUACCCCUGGGGCGCGGUCCUCCCAGAACUGCCGGACGAUUUCGACAGCCUGUCUAAGAAUGCAAAAAUAAAAGCACGAGAACAGCUUGAAAGGGUCCGCCUCAAGAAGUUUUAUGAGAUGGCGGCGCGGAAGUUCAACCCGGCCAUCCCUCGCGCAAUGGAGGCAUUGCUCAAUAAAAACGAUGAUGAUCCAGUCUCAUACAUCUUCCCACUGCUAGAACAGACAGCAGUUGAUGGCCCGUUGCCACUGCAGGAGCUGCUUAUUGAGAUCUUUGAAAGGUGGGAUGAGAUUUGCAAGAGGCAUGGUUCCAGAUCUGGGUUCCCAUGUCCGAUCAGCUAUUCACAAGCGGAGAUUUCGAGAUUCCGGGAGCUAGUCCAGGAAUAUGCAGUGGCUCUUUGCGAGUUUACUGGCUAUUUGGCGCAGGUGGGAGGAGGGAGGGAUGGGUGGGUGUCAAAUGGGGAGUUUGAAAACGCCAUGCGCGUGUUUGACGAGCAUAGGGACGAGCUGGAGAGGCUUCGGAGGAGGGUUGACGAUAUACUGUUUGUUCUUUGA